CCUGACGACCUGUUCUCUCCUGUGCAGCCCUACUCCAGAGCGGCAGACCCGCACAGCUGUGUGAGCGAUGGAAAGACGCAGUCCUUCUUCCAGCACCCUGUCAGACUGUUCUGGCCGAAGUCCAAGUCCUAUGACUACCUGUACAGUGACGGACAGGCUCUCCUGAAGAACUUUCCAGCCCAGGCCACCAUCAACUUCUAUGAAGAGUCUGACAGCGAGGAGGAGGAGGAGGAGGAUGACGACGACAACGAGGGGUGUGAGACGGAGGAGGAGGAGGAGGAAAGCGAGUCGGGGUGCCACCCAUCUCGGACGAGCCCGCGCCAACCUCCGUCCGGCAUCUCCUGCUACAACUGAGCCCCGGCACUGAUCCGAAACACAGCGCCGGUUGUGCAACGUCUGCAGAGAGCGGGUCAUGCCGCGUCUAUCCCAGUCGGGCUCCAGGCUGUCCCGGCCGGCAGAGCGCCGAUGGCAGGAGCUCUGGAGCUGGUGCCUCUGCGCUGAUGGAACAUCAACUCCUGUGAUGAAUCCCGGGAAAGACUCCAGGGGGAACUGGAAAUGUGGGAGGGGGCAUUUCAAUAUGGAAGACCGACACUUGUCAGGUUUUAAGCUGAGCGGGGAGUUGCAGUGACGAGGUGGGGGGGGAGAUUCCUAUCAGUAAGUUUAGAUUGUAUUUAUUACCCUUUUAAGGAAAGGUGCUCUUAGCCCCCUCCUGCAUUAACAUGGGCUGGGCCAAGUGCCUGCAGUACAGAGGGUUAUCUCCUGUCCCUCCAUUCUCACCUCUCGGUGUCCUGUGCCAGAGCUGUCGGUGGCCAUUUUAUUUGACACAACAGACAGAAACUCUGAGCUCAUUGCAGGCUAGAGAGUCCGAGACUGAAGAUGUGGAAUAUUGUCCCAUAUUGGGACAGAGGCUUUGCUGGCUGAUGAGACUCCUCUUAUCCCGGGUCGAAACUUUGUAUUUUGGGUGUAAAACUAUUCAGAUUUCUAAUAAUAUUUGUAAAUUUAACUUAUAUUGUACAAAGUCAAAUUUGAAAAGCGCUAUUUUUGUAUUUUUAUAUGGUUUUUUACUAUUUUAUUAAAUUCUUUAAUAUAAGGAAUUCAUGGAAAUAAAGCUUAUACCGUGAAAAAGACCAUCUCCAGUUUGAAUGUGUGUACGACAAAGCGAUGAGGUUCAGUUGUUUGUUACAGAAGUCUCCUUUUCCCGGCUCAAUCCGGUGUGUCCAUUCCAGGGAAACCAGACCAGUCACAAACGAGAGGAGCCAUCCAGCCAUCCAAAUGGCCGGUUUGCUAGUUGGUAGUUUAACUAAUCCCAGGAUUUCAUCCAGCAGUUUCUCAAAAGAAACCGGCAGCUUGUUCCACACCCCCACCUCCCUUUGCGUAAAGAAGCGUCUCCUGUUCCCAGUUUGAAAUGCCCGCUCCACACCGGGGCCACAUGGUAGUGCAGGCCAUGAUCUCUUUGUAGGUUAAUGUGUCAUCAGAGAGCAGUCUCUCCAUCUUCCCCGCACAGAAAGCUGACGC